UAACACAAGCGCGAGUAUACGAGAACAUACGGUAACCGAAGGAAUGUUUCACACUAAUGCAGAGCUGCAAUGAUGUCAACUUUUUAUUUACUUUCCAAAUCUGAAUGACUGAGCAAGGCGAAAGGAGAAUUAAUCAGCCACAAUGUGACCGCGCAGGCGAAAAUAAGAAGGCCCAGGCAUCCGGGGAUCGUGGUGGGGGAGGGUAAUCUGCUCUCGCUAGAUACAGGGUAACGCUGCCUCGUGGUGAAACUACACUGGGCUAUAUAUUCAGAAGCAAAUCUGAAUGUGCUUUUUCCCCAUCCCGGGCCUUAGAAGGCUGUGCAAGGCUCCCGGAGUGGAGAAAAUUGAGUCGUAACGAAUAAUAUGGGAGUGAAGUGUGCAUUUGCGCUCUGAAGUUGGAAGGUCUUUCCUUGUGGAAGUGAAAGCGGCGGGGAAGCACGCCCGAGCACACUCUCUGAUUUAGAGUGGGCCCACCUGUCAUCCUGACCUCAUACAGUGAGGUGGGCUAAGAUGAGUAUAACCAGCGAUGAAGUCAACUUCUUGGUUUAUCGGUAUCUCCAGGAAUCAGGUUUCUCACACUCUGCGUUCACCUUUGGCAUUGAAAGCCACAUUAGCCAGUCCAACAUCAACGGAACGCUAGUGCCCCCUGCUGCCCUUAUAUCCAUCCUGCAGAAGGGCCUUCAGUACGUGGAGGCAGAGAUUAGCAUCAACGAGGAUGGCACUGUCUUUGACGGCCGCCCCAUCGAGUCGCUGUCACUCAUCGACGCUGUCAUGCCCGACGUGGUGCAGUCACGUCAGCAGGCCUUUCGGGAGAAGCUAGCCCAGCAGCAGGCUGCCAGCACAGUAACCAUGCCCGCCAUGCCCUCCAUGCCCGCCAUGGCCGCUAGCCAGCCGACCGCGCCGAAUAACGGCGAGGCCGCGCUUAAUGGGGACGAGAACGGAGGACACUUUCUGAACAAUCACGCUGAGCCCAUGGAGAUCGACGGUGAGGUGGAGAUCCCCGCCAGCAAGGCCACGGUACUGCGGGGGCACGAGUCCGAGGUCUUCAUCUGCGCCUGGAACCCCGUCAGCGACCACCUGGCCUCUGGAUCUGGUGACUCCACAGCACGGAUAUGGAACCUGAGCGAGAGCAGCUGUGGAGGCUCCACCCAGCUGGUGCUCAGACACUGCAUCAGAGAAGGCGGCCAGGAUGUCCCCAGCAACAAGGACGUCACCUCCCUGGACUGGAACAGUGAUGGAACGCUACUGGCUACUGGGUCUUACGACGGCUUUGCCAGGAUAUGGACAAAAGAUGGUAAUCUGGCCAGUACUUUGGGACAACACAAAGGCCCUAUAUUUGCACUGAAGUGGAACAAGAAAGGAAACAGCAUUUUGAGUGCCGGUGUGGACAAGACCACCAUUAUCUGGGACGCCCACACCGGUGAGGCCAAGCAGCAGUUCCCCUUCCACUCAGCCCCCGCCCUCGAUGUGGACUGGCAGAACAACAGCACCUUCGCCUCCUGCAGCACUGACAUGUGCAUCCAUGUGUGCCGGCUAGGCAGCGACCGGCCGCUCAAGACCUUCCAGGGACACACAAAUGAAGUCAAUGCCAUCAAGUGGGACCCAUCUGGCAUGCUGCUCGCCUCCUGCUCCGAUGACAUGACUCUGAAGAUCUGGAACAUGAAGCACGAUUUGUGUGUACAUGACCUACAAGCACACAGUAAGGAAAUCUACACCAUUAAGUGGAGUCCCACAGGCCCUGGGACCAGCAAUCCAAACUCUAACAUCAUGCUCGCCAGUGCCUCUUUUGACUCCACGGUGCGUCUGUGGGAUGUGGAGCGUGGUGUCUGCAUCCACACGCUCACCAAGCACCAGGAGCCGGUCUACAGCGUGGCGUUCAGCCCUGACGGCAAGUUCCUGGCCAGUGGCUCCUUCGACAAGUGUGUCCACAUUUGGAACACCGCGAGUGGAGCUUUAGUUCAUAGCUACCGGGGCACUGGUGGCAUCUUCGAGGUUUGCUGGAACAGCACAGGGGACAAAGUUGGAGCCAGUGCCUCUGAUGGAUCUGUGUGUGUCCUCGACCUUCGGAAAUAGCCUUCUGGCUGCAGAAGGUGCGACUUGGAAUUUGCGGCAAGACACUGACAUCCCGUCAUGGCAUCUUGACAUCAGAAGUCUUUGCUGUUGCAAAUGUGCAGGGACUCUGGCAACCCACCCCAUCCCUCAACCCCCC